AUGAAGGGGGAAAGAUUGGGGGGGCGAUGGGGUGGAGAUCAAGUCGUCAAGCUUUCUGACCAUAUUGUGGCAAAGGUUGGCUUCGGUGUCUUUGCCUCUGAAGCAGCCAUGCAAGAAUUUGCUUACAACAACCUCGAUCGCAAUAUCGUUCGCAUUCCAAAAAUCUAUCGUUAUUUUGAGUCAGAGACCGACGACCCUUUUGGAUACCUUUUUAUGGAUCCGACCCCUGGUCCGGUCGACGGAAGUGAACCAAUCGGUUACAUAUGGGGCGAUUACGGCGCCAGAACGGCCUUUAAAUCUGUCGAAGACUUGAAUGUGUAUAUGAAUAGUCGCCUGAAGUAUCGAAACGACACCAUCGACUUGAAACCCCACCCUUUUGUAUUGUGUCAUGGUGACAUCUGCCGAAGGAAUAUUAUCCUCCAAAAUGAUGGAUCUAUUUGCUUUCUUGACUGGGCAUACGCUGGCUUCUAUCCCCGGUUUUUCGAGCUGGCCACGAUUUCAUGUGUGCUCCCGUAUGUUGACAAUUUCAGAAAGCCUAUCAUGCAUGAAGUUGAAAGUGCAAUGAAAUUGACAGAAGAGGAGAAAUUGCACAUGAAACUUGUCCUUUAU